AUGUCAGAGAUAUGGGUGCCCACCGACUUCCAUGCUUCGUCAUUUGCCAAGAGCGGCGUCAAUCCCGACAAGCUGGUGGUCAUUCCCGAGUCGGUGGACGUAGACGCCUUCAAUCCCGACACAUCGCUGCCUCUCGAACGCCUGCCCGGUUAUCCCGAGACUCAGGACCACUUCAAGUUCCUCUCCAUCUUCAAGUGGGAGGCGAGAAAGGGGUGGGACAUCCUCGCGCGGGCCUUCUACGAGGAGUUCACCCAGCAGGACAACGUCACCCUCUACCUGCUCACCAACGCAUUCCAUCCCGAAAAAGGGCUCAAUUUCACCGACGAGGUGAGGAAGAUCGGCGUACAGGUGUGCGAGGCUGCGGGUCGUCACAUUGACUCGCUCCCGGGGCUGAUCAUGAUCGAUACCCAUGUCCCGCAGACGGACCUGCCUCGGCUCUACAAGUCCGUGCAGGCUUUCGUGCUGCCCACGCGCGGCGAAGGAUGGGGUCGCCCAAUUGCCGAAGCGAUGAGCAUGGGCCUUCCGACAAUCGCCACGGCCUGGUCUGGACCAACGCAAUUCAUGAAUGAAACCAAUUCCUACCCGCUGCCCAUCGAAGGCCUCACCAUGAUCGAGCAGCCGCCGUGGAAGGGUCACUACUGGGCGGAACCCAACCGGGCCGAGCUGCGCAGGCUGAUGAGGGAGGUAGUGAGCAACCCCGAGGCCGCACGCGAGCGUGGCGCCAACGCGCGGGCCGACGCUCUUCACCGCUGGAGCCCAUCAUGCGGGCUCACCUGCGACCAGCAACAAGUCCAUAACGCGCGCGAGGGAUUGGUGCGAGAAAAGGAAAGGAGUGGUGGGUGGAAAGAGAGUCCUGACGGUUCAGCUUCUUGCCACACCACCCUCAGCACCACCAAGAAAACCCUUCACGACCCUUAUCUUACCUCGAACCAAGCAUGCAGAAGGCCAAGGUUUACGCCGUGGUAG